UUCCAGGCUUAUAGGGUUUAAUAAAUAAUACUUUGUUUAUUGGAUUAAUAACCGUUUAUAAAGUUUAAAUAAUACACGGCAUAAAUCUCUGUCUUCAUAUGUAUUAGAGAUAGAAAAGAAAACUAGUCUAAAACAUUGAGGAAUCUUUUCUAAAAGCUUUUGUCUAAUAAAGGACGCAAGACCUGCCAGGACUCGUAUUUCAUUCUCUAUAUAGUACAUAGAUUCGUCAGACAAAAAGGUGCUUCGAAUGUUUAGAUUACUCUGUGUCUCGAUAGUGUCCAAGUUUUCGUAGCUACCAGUACAUUUUUAUGAAGGAACUGUGCUUAAUUAUACGAGAUAAUGGCAGCACAACGAGCAUUGCCUCAAAGCAAAGAAGCUUUAUUAAAGUCUUACACGACGAGAUUAAAAGACGACGUGAAGUCGAUGCUGGAAAAUUUCGAAGAAAUCAUCAAGCUUGCCAAAGGAGAAAACGAUUCCCAAUUAUCUCGGAUGACACAAUGCGAACAAGACACGUAUGAAAUGCACGUCAGAGCAGCCAAUAUUGUGCGCGCUGGAGAAUCCCUAAUGAAACUUGUCUCCGAUAUAAAGCAAUACCUCAUACUGAACGAUUUUCCCUCUGUAAAUGAAGCCAUAGCACAAAACAGUAAAUUGUUCAGGACAAAGCAAGCGGAAUGCGAUCAGAAACUGGCAUCCUUGAGGGACGACAUGGCCGCCGAUCUGUACGAUUUGGAAGAGGAAUAUUAUACGUCUAUAUACAAAUAAUGUAAACUUUAUCUUCUCGGGGGAUAUGUAAUUGUGUACUUGUCCUAUGGACCAUACCUUGAACUGAAAUGUGAUUUAUUUGUUUGGUAAUACUGUAUAUAUUUAUUUAAAUAAAUAAGAAUAAUUUUGAUAGUA